AUGAGCUCCUCUUUCCAAAACUCUUAACAAGUUAGUCAAAUCCAGCAAUUCAAUCUUGAAAAAGAUAUAUAGGAUGGUUUUUCUAUUGCUCUCUUUCUUCAAAUUGCUCAAUAAGUAGCUGCUGAGAAUAUUUCUGAAAAUAAAUCCCAAUCCUAUUCUACAUAAUCGGCGAGACAAGAACAAUCAUUAUCUAAACCUCAAUUAGAAUCAAUGAGUUAAAUUAAAAAUAAUGACAUGUUUUAGUCAUCCUAUGAAACAGAUAAUAGCUCAGACAUCGUAGUCGAGAUAGAAGAGUACCAAGAAGAUACAGAAAGAGAAAAUGAUGAAAAAUGCUAUGAAAGUGAUGAUAACGACGAUUAAGAAGAUAGCAAAUAUUACUUUGCUAUAAAAAAAUCAAAUAUAAUGAAGAAUAUACUUAAAUCAUUCUAAAGGUAUAUUGAGAGUGAAAAAAAUUAAGAAAGAUAAAAGGAGUUUUGCAGAUUGGCAAACAAAUCUUACAGUUAUUCUUAAUUGAAAAAGCUGAUUAACAGAAAUUUAAAAGCUUAUGGUAAAAGAUGGAACAUGAAGGCUAAACACAUGAUUGAAAAGGCAUCUUUUAAUAUGCUCCUUAAAUACUUCCUUGAAAACAUUAAUUAAAUAUGGCUAGAAAAGAGCAAAGUUUAAAACAAGGACGAGCACUUAAAAGUAGUAUAAUUUAUGUUGGAUGCAAUCGAAAAUCCUUCUUCAUCUUAAAAAUUACACUUUUACUAGAAGAAAAAAACCAUCCUAAAAUGA